UGGAGAGGGACUGCUGGAAGCACAGGGGCCGUGGGGGCUGCCAGGACUUGCAGCUCCUGUCAGGACCAAUCUCCCUAAUCCUGUCUGAGGAGCUCCAGGCUUAGGAGCAGCUGUGAAAGCCACCUUUGUGACUAAGGAGAAUGCACUUCCAGAGGAUGGGGACCCCGGGCUGGGGGAGCCCUCUGGGUUCCUGAGAUCAACUCCAGGAGGAAAGACCCCCAACCCCAGGCCCACCUCGUGCCAUGGGAGCUGCCCAGGGGAAGAAGAAAGAAUAUUCUCCUCAGGCCAAAUUUCAUCAUGAAAAUGUGAAGCAAAGAUCAACUGAUCCAGCCGCCAUGUACUCGGAGAUCCAGCGGGAACGAGCAGACAUCGGGGGUCUGAUGGCCCGGCCAGAGUACAGAGAGUGGAACCCAGAGCUUAUCAAGCCCAAGAAGCUCCUGAACCCCGUGAAGGCCUCCCGGAGCCACCAGGAGCUGCACCGGGAGCUGCUCAUGAACCACAGAAGGGGCCUGGGUGUGGACAGCAAACCCGAACUGCAGCGGGUCCUGGAGCACCGUCGGCGGAACCAGCUCAUCAAGAAGAAGAAAGAGGAGCUGGAGGCCAAGCGGAUGCAGUGCCCCUUCGAGCAGGAGCUGCUGAGACGACAGCAGAGGCUGAAUCAGCUGGAAAACCCCCCUGAGAAGGAAGAGGAGCACGCCCCAGAAUUCAUAAAAGUCAGAGAAAACCUGCGAAGAAUUGCCACGCUGAGCAGUGAAGAGGGAGUGCUGUAGACUGGGCCCCAGGGAAACCCUUACAGCCCCUGGCCCCACCUCCAAGCCCCGCUCCAGCCCUUCUGUACCCAGUAGCCUUGGGCCUCAGGUGGGGGACAUCUGUGGUGUUGAUGGGCGCUUGACUUGCUUCUCUAGAAAUACACCAUCCCUGGG